GGCUAGUUCCGGGUACUGUUUGGGGAAAAGCCCGGCCCGCUUGGCUCCGUCAACCCGCUCGCAUCCCACGGGCGAAGCGAGAGAUAACCGUUCUGCUCGUUCGAUCAUCCGCACGCUCCGCCGUGAUCAGUCGACAGUCUCGUCACUCUCGGCACAAUCUCGCGCCUUCAAGAUUGACGAGCCCCUUCGCUUCGAUCGUUUGUUCGUUCGUUCGGCCAUUUUCGAGUGUCGAGAAAGCUCGCCAUUGCAGUUUCUCCACGGCUAAGAUGAAACGCAAGAAGAAUAAGCACCCAGGGCCCUCUCUGAGGAAAGCAACUAAAAAGAUAAGGAAGGGCACUUUUAAGACACAUUCCAAGAUGAUAGCGACUUCUGCACCUGGUGGUGGGCCUCCUUCUAAUCUCAUUGGUAUUCUGGAGGCUCGUCCUGCAAGUGUCAUUCCAUUGGAGGGUGGUCAUACCAUCGAACCAACCCCAUCUGCGACACAUGAGGGGAAGAAAGUGGAAAAGGAUAGUGAAAGGGUUGCGGGGUUUAUUUUUAUGUGUAGUGGGAAAACAAAGCCAGAAUGUUAUCAAUAUCGUGUUUUUGGGCUACCUAUGGGACAAUUGGAAGUAGUGAAGAAAGUCAAGCCAGGUGCAAAAUUAUUCUUGUUUGAUUUUGACUUAAAACUUCUCUAUGGUGUAUACGAGGCGACAUCUGGGGGAGCUUUGGACAUAGAGCCCAUGGCAUUUGACCGGAAAUUUCCUUCCCAGGUGAGGUUUAGGAUCUUCAAAGAGUGUUUACCUAUUCCUGAGAGUGUUUUCAAGAAAGCAAUUGAGGAUAAUUAUGUUAGCCGUUCUAAGUUUCGACAGGAGCUCAACGGAAAGCAGGUGAGGUCUCUGGUAUCAUUGUAUAGACCAAUAGAUGCAAUACAACCUUCUUCUGUUGCCUUUCCCUAUGAAACGAUUCAGUGUGCUCGACCAGUUUAUGCUCUGGGGAAACAUCUGCAGCCAAUGGCAGGGUUUCCUCCUCCAGGGGACUUGUAUCUACCUUGGAGGCAGCACACCAGUUCCCAGGCCAUUCCUAGGCAGCAAUAUGAAAGCUCCCUUCCACGAGUGCGGUAUGAGCAAUAUGGAUCACAAAAUCAUAUGGGACUGAUAGAACCAGUUAUGGAGUCCUGCUAUUAUGUUCGGCAACUUGCUCUUCCUCAUAAAGGUGGCUCACAAAUUUCUGCAGAAGUUCAUCAGCCAUACUUCCCUGAAGAACCACAAUGUUCUGUGCAUGAUCCAUAUAGAAGCUCCGUCAUACAGUCGCAGCCAGCUUCUUAUGCAUACAAGGAAUUGCAGCUAUCCUACCAACCGCAUUACAAUAUAGCUUCUCAUGAUGGAGCUGCCCAAGCAGAUGCUGCUCCUCUCGCAUACCAGGAAUUGCAGCUAUCCUACCACCCUCAUUACAAUACAGCUUCUCAAGAUGGUCCUGCCCAAGCAGAUGCUGCUCCUCUCGCAUACAAGGAAUUGCAGGUAUCCUACCAGCCGUGUUAUAGUAUAGCUUCUCAUGAUGGUCCUGCCCAAGCAGAUGCUGCUCCUCUCGCAUGCAAGGAAUUGCAGGUAUCCUACCAACCGCAUUACAAUAUAGCUUCUCAAGAUGGCCCUGCCCACGCAGAUGCUGCUCCUCUUGCAUACAAGGAAUUGAAGUUAUCCUACCCCCCGCAUUAUAAUACAGCUUCUCAUGAUGGUCCUGCCCAAGCAGAUGCUGUUCCUCUUGCAAGAACAAUGCAUGAAACCGUUGCCUCGCGCGAGGCAAAUCUUUCGGUUUCUUCUGUUUAUUCUUAUCCAGGAGUUGCUUCUGCAUACCGCUGAUUGGGCAUUGAAGUGGUGAUCCUUCUUCCUUAGCACAGUAUUUCCCCUUAGCCUUUGUUGUGGUGAUAGUUAGGUUUUAAACUUUUCGUCACAUGGUCCCCGUGUUGCUCUCAAAAGAAUGUAACUCUCUAUGAUCAAGGGUCCAUUCCAAUAUAUUUAAUGUCUUCACCAUUGAUACU